UACGUCAUACUUUUACAUCAGUAGAGUAAGUGAGUUGUCCAAUAAACGUAUAAUUGCAUUAUUAAUACAACUUAUAACUGUUCUAAAUUCGUUUAAUAGGGUUGUUUCUAUGGAUACAAAUAACAUGGACAAAAUGACUUAUUGCUGAGUUCUUUUCUUCCGAAAAGAAAAAGGGGUUUUCAAAACCUUCGGCUAUGUAUGCAUAUAAUGUGGAUUAAUGUGUCCUUUACUAUAUAGAAAGCAAUUUAAACAAUGUUGUGAUACAUCUAUUUAUGCCUCGCUUGAUGGCUUACACUGUGAGAGUGUGCCCUACACAUGGGCGGGUGUGGUUCCCUGAAAGAAAGAUACGACGUAAAGGAUCAAGAGCUCACCUCCAAUCAAGGCUUCAGAAGGAUGGAGACUCAGAUUCAGAUGAGGACAAGACAGCGUGGGAAUAUUGCAGGAAAGUUUUUGGAAGCUCAUCUGUGAGUGGCGUGAAUCACAUUGCUCUCGCCAAAACCAGGAGGCGGAGAAUUUUCUGGGCCUUCAUUUUCACCGUGUCGCUGGUGGGAUUCUUUUAUCAGUUUGGCGCCUUCCUGGUACAGUACAGAGAAUAUCAAUCCAUAGUACAAAUAGACAUUCAGAAUGCAGGUUCACUCAUGUUCCCCGCUGUCACGCUCUGCAAUGCGAACAGAUUCAAGAAAUCGAAAUUUUGCAGCAAAUUUCGAGAGUUUUGUCCGCGGAAUCUGUCAACAAUGGAUUCUCUGACGGAGAAAGAGUUGUUCGAUUUUCAGCUGGCUAUUCUUCGAGAGGGUCGCUCAGAUCUCAGGCAUUCUCUGGGACAUGCAAUCGAAGAUCUUCUUGUCAGUUGCUCCUUCACCGGCAAGCCCAGCAUUAGAGGAGAAGCGUGCUUCAGACGUUUUAAAGAAUUCUACGAUCCUGAUCUAGGGAACUGUUACACAUUCUCCCCUCUUGCAGAAGGUGGUGAAGAAGAGCUUCAUUCCACGGAAGCAGAUGUAUGGCAGAAGAUGAGUGAUCUGGUCCUUGUAGUGAACGUGGAGACGAACGAAUAUCUUGAACCGGACAGAGAUGCAGCUGUUCUAGUCACCUUUCAUAGUCCGGAAGUGUAUCCGGAUCCUUUCUCAGAUGGAACGGAAGUGAAACCAGGCAAUUCGUAUAACUUCGGGCUGAAAAAGAAUACUGUCGAAAUGCUGCCAGCACCUUAUAGUUCUAAUUGUACGAACUAUGAAAACCUGCCCUGGGACAGAUUGCAUGAUAAAACUCUGAGCACCAGAAUGUGCACGGCUGAAUGUUCUCAAAGCUUGCAGUUGAAGCAAUGCAAUUACGUCACCGUGGAGCUAAGUCUCUUUUUCGAUGCCUUGCCUUGGAAACAAGAAUCCUUUGAUCCAGAAAAAAUAGAGUGCGCAGAAAGGGUGUCCAACGAAACUAAAGAGUUCUGUAGAUCUUUAUGCAGAGUCCCUUGCAAGCAAUCAAAUUAUGAAACUACCAUGGAUUCUUCGACGUGGCCACGGAGAGCGAAAGUGUCCGAAGAGGAGGAACUCGGAAAGUGGAAAAGAAGACCGUUUUAUGAAAUAACGAACAAUCUGGCUCAUGUCAGGGCUUACUUUAUUACCAUGGAGGAUACAACACUGAAACAUUCACCGAAAUAUCAGCCUCUUGAGAUGUUUAGUCACAUAGGUGGCUACGUAGGUAUCUGGCUCGGAAUCUCUUUGUUGGCCCUAUGCGAAUUUAUAGAAGGAGCGAUCCGAGUUGUUUCUUUCAUCCUCCUCCAAAGAAAGAAGAGAAAAGAACUGUCAAGAGACAAAAAGGCAGCUGCCAAGGCAGAAGAGAAGAAACGAGUGCAAAUAAAUUCAAGUACAAAACAUUGA